CCCCAACAUCUGAGCUCAGAGGAUAAAAAGAGCGCUCAGCCGAGGCUGCGUCUACCCUGGCAGCUGAUCAGAACCGGACCGGAGGAUGAGGAGAGCUCUUCUGCUGCUGCUGGCCUCUCUGGCCUUUGCCUCCCUGGCUGAUGGAGCCAACUACAAAGUGAUGUCUUCCCCCAACCUGAUGCGAGUGGGAACAGCAGAAAGCAUCUUUGUGGAAUGUCAGGACUGCACUGGAGGGGACAUGGUCGUCAGCAUCAACGUGAUGAACCAUCCGGCCAAAAACAAGAAGCUGACUGGGACGUCCGUGACCCUCAACGCGGCGAAUAACUACCAGGGGUUGGGAAAAGUGACUAUGCCAGUAGGAGAAUUCAGAAAGGAUCCCACCGCAAAACAAUAUGUUUACGUGCAAGCUCAGUUUCCGGACCGAUUGCUGGAAAAGGUUGUUCUGGUGUCUUUCCAGUCUGGCUACAUCUUCAUACAGACUGACAAGACGCUCUAUACUCCUGACAGCAAAGUUUAUUACAGGAUAUUUGCCUUGACGCCUCAGAUGGAGCCUGUGGAAAGAAACGACCAGAACCAAGUUGAUGCCUCUGUCGAUAUUGAAAUUGUGACACCUGAGGACAUCAUCAUCCCUCUUGAUUCAGUCGCUCUUAACGGUGGCAUGUUCUCUGGAGAUUACAAGCUAGCUGAGAUUGUCAGCCCAGGACUGUGGCAGGUGGUGGCAAAAUUCAAGAGCAACCCACAGCAGAAAUAUAACGCUUCAUUUGAGGUCAAAGAAUAUGUGCUUCCCAGUUUCGAGGUAAAGCUGCUGCCUGUGGUCCCUUUCUUCUAUGUGAACAGUGAAGAACUUGUCAUCAACAUCAAAGCUAAGUAUUUGUUUGGAAAAGAUGUUGAUGGGACUGCCUAUGUGGUGUUUGGCAUAAUGGACGGCAACGUGAAGAAAAGCCUCCCACACUCUCUUACACGAGUCCCGGUUACAAAGGGAGAAGGGCAGGCCAUACUGAAAAAGGAUCAGAUCACUCAAACUUUCAAUAUUAACGAUCAAGUGGGAAAAGCCAUCUUUGUGUCAGUCAGUGUGCUGACAGAGAGCGGCAGUGAAAUGGUGGAAGCAGAGAUCAGAGGCAUCCAGAUCGUCACGUCACCCUACAAAAUCAUUUUCACAAGAACCCCCAAAUUUUUCAAACCAGGAAUGUCCUUUGAUGUUGCGGUUGAAGUGGUAAAUCCUGAUGACAGUCCAGCAAACGGUAUCCCAGUGGUGAUCAGUCCUGGAAAUGUGAGGGGAAUCACAGCAUCAAACGGGAUGGCAAGGCUUACCAUCAAUACAGCAGCAACGGAUUCUACACUCAAAAUCAUUGCAAAAACAGAAAGACCUGAUCUUAGAGCCGACAGACAAGCAACAGCUGAGAUGACAGCUGCACCUUAUUCAACCAAUAGCAAGACUUACAUCCACAUAAGCAUAGACACCGCAGAGGUUAAAGUAGGAGAUAACCUGAAAAUAAACCUCAACCUCAAUAAACCACCACAGGAAAAGGACAUCACAUACCUGAUCUUAAGCAGAGGCCAGCUGCUGAAAUCUGAGCGCUACAGAACAAGAGGCCAAGGUCUAAUUUCCCUAAUUCUUCCCAUCACCAAAGAGAUGUUGCCCUCAUUCCGCAUCGUAGCCUACUACCACCCAACCGAUAAUGAAGUGGUGUCGGACUCUGUUUGGGUGGAUGUGACAGACUCGUGCAUGGGCUCGUUGACCUUGGAAUCAAAGAGACCGCUUCCGUCCUAUGAACCUCGCAGGAUGUUCACUCUGAAAGUCACAGGAGAUCCAGGGGCCACAGUGGGCCUCGUCGCAGUUGACAAAGGCGUCUACGUUCUGAACAACAAGCACCGUCUCACCCAGAAAAAGGUGUGGGACGAGGUAGAGCAUCACGACAUAGGCUGCACACCAGGUGGUGGGAGCAACGGUAUGAACGUGUUCUUUGAUGCUGGGCUGGUGUUUGAGUCAAGCACCGCUUCAGGAACUGCCUACAGACAAGAAAAGGGCUGCAGGGUAAGCGCCAAAAGGAAAAGAUCCACAACUAUCAUGGAAGUUAGAACUACGCUACUGAGUCAGUUUGCUAAUGAGCUGGAGAGAGAAUGUUGUUUGGACGGCAUGAAGGAAACCCCACUUUCAUACACCUGCGAGGAGCGUAAGGCGUACAUUGUGGACGGUGAAGCCUGUGCUAAUGCCUUCCUACAGUGUUGCACUACAAUCAAAACGCAGCUGUCUGAAAGGAGAGAAGAAAACCUCCAAUUAGCUCGCAGUGAGUCGGAUGACAGCUACAUGGACAGCAAUGAAAUUGUUUCUCGAACCAAGUUCCCUGAAAGUUGGCUGUGGAUAGACAUCCAGCUUCCUCGUUGCCCAGCCAAUGCCCAAAAAUGUGAGGCCGUGUCUGUGGAGAGAAAUGUUCCUCUGCAAGACUCAAUCACGACCUGGGAGUUCACUGGCAUCAGUCUGUCUCGAACACUUGGUAUCUGUGUGGGCAAGCCAUUGGAAGUUAUUGUCCAUAAGGAGUUUUUCAUUGAUCUCCGGCUGCCUUAUUCCGCCGUCCGAGGGGAGCAGCUUGAAAUUAAAGCGAUCCUUCAUAACUACAGCCCAGAGCAAAUAACCGUUCGUGUGGAACUGAUUGAGGAAGAGAACGUGUGCAGUGUGGCCUCCAAGCGUGGGAAGUACCGGCAGGAGGUCAGAGUUGGACCCGAAACUACACGAUCUGUACCAUUCAUCAUCAUUCCAAUGAAGGAAGGACAGCGCAGGAUCGAGGUCAAGGCUGCUGUCAAGGACUCAUCCCUUAAUGACGGCGUUAUGAAGAUGCUGCGCGUUGUGCCUGAAGGUGUUCUGGUUAAAACUGCCCAUAUUGUAUCUCUAGAUCCAGUUAAAAAAGCCCAGGGUGGAGCACAAGUGGAAAUCCUGAACAGCAAUAUUCCCAGGAAAGAUUUGAUUCCAAACGCACCAACCAGCACACAAGUUUCUGUGACUGGCAGAGAACAGGUUUCUGGACUUGUAGAGAAUGCCAUUAGUGGUAGAUCCAUGGGUACUCUGAUCUACCAGCCCUCAGGCUGUGGAGAGCAGAACAUGAUCCACAUGACUCUGCCAGUCAUUGCAACCACAUAUUUGGACAAAACCAAUCAGUGGGAGGCUGUUGGUUUGAACAAACGUAAUGAGGCUCUUCAGCACAUAAAAACUGGAUACAACAACGAGCUAGCGUAUCGUAAAGGCGAUGGCUCAUUUGCUGUGUGGGCUGAUCAUGGAAGUAGCACCUGGCUGACAGCUUAUGUGACCAAGGUGUUUUCUUUAGCUUACAACUUGAUAGCAGUGCAAAAUGAUCACAUCUGUGGUGCUGUGAAGUAUCUGAUCCUCAAAGCUCAGCAACCUGAUGGCAUGUUUAAAGAAAUUGGAAAAGUACACCAUAGAGAGAUGCAGGGUGAUGUGCUUGGCGGAGACUCGGAUGCCUCCAUGACGGCCUUCUGCCUGAUUGCCAUGCAGGAAACACGCACAAUAUGCGGAGCAACUGUAAAUAGUCUUCCAUCCAGUAUAGAAAAAGCAGUCACCUACCUUGAGAGACGUCUCCCCAACCUCUCCAACCCUUAUGCCGUCGCCAUUACAUCAUACGCCCUGGCCAAUGAAAACAAACUUAACCGGGAAAUCCUCUACAAGUUUGCUUCUCCUGAGUUAAACCACUGGCCUGUACCUGGAAAACAGACCUUCACACAAGAGGCGACAGCUUAUGCUCUCUUGGCUCUGGUCAGAGCUCAGCUCUUUGAAGAUGCACGGCCUAUCCUUAGAUGGUUUAACCAACAACAGUUUGUGGGUGGAGGCUACGGAUCAACACAGGCCACUAUUAUCGUGUACCAGGCCGUGGCAGAGUACUGGGCCAAAGCUAAAGAACCAGAAUACAACCUAAAUGUUGACAUCUUGAUGCCGGGCAGAUCAAACCCUGACAAGUUCAACUUUAACAGAGAAAACCAGUUCACAACAAGAACAUCUAAACUUAAUGACAUCAACCAGGAUGUGAAAGUUACUGCCACAGGAACGGGAGAAGCAACAGUGAAAAUGGUUUCGCUUUAUUAUGCCAUUCCUAAAGAAAAGGAAAGUGACUGCCAGAAGUUUAAUCUCUCUGUGCAACUAAUCCCAGAAAAAGAGACAGACGAUGGCAAGACGUACAUGCUUAGGAUCCAUGUUAUGUAUAAGGACAGGGACAGUGACGCAAAAAUGACCAUCCUAGACAUCGGCCUGCUCUCUGGAUUCACUGUUGACACAAAGGAUCUGGACGCGUUAUCUAAAGGACGCGCCCGCACCAUUGCAAGGUAUGAGAUGAACACAGCUCUGUCCGAAAGAGGCUCACUCAUCAUCUAUCUGGACAAGGUUUCACGCAGACAACCAGAGGAGAUCAGCUUUAGGAUCCAACAAAAAUUUAAAGGUGGCAUCUUACAACCAGCGGCCGUGUCUGUCUAUGAGUACUAUGAGCAAACACCGUGUGUGAAAUUCUACCAUCCACAGAGGAAAGGAGGAAAACUGCUCCAGCUCUGCAGAGAUAAUGAAUGCACCUGUGCAGAAGAGGACUGCAGUAUGCAGAAAAAGGGUCAAAUUAGCAACGACGAGCGCACAAAUAAGAUCUGCGAGAGCACGGAGACCAGCAAGGUAGAGUUUGCAUACAAAGCUAUGGUGGAAGGGAAUAAAUUUGAGGUGGCUACAGACUUGUACACGAUGCGCAUAGUGCAGGUUAUUAAAGAAGGAAGCACUGAUGUUGGUUCUGUUGGUAAGCUGCGCACAUUCUUCAGUUAUCAGCACUGCAGAGAAGCUCUAAGACUGGAAACGGGCAAAACUUACCUCAUCAUGGGAUCAUCCAAAAACAUUCACAGAGACGACCAGGAGCAAACGUACCAGUAUGUGCUGGGGGAGAGGACCUGGAUCGAGUACUGGCCCUCAGAAGAAGAGUGCCAGACCGACGAACAUCGAUCUACCUGCAUGGGCCUGGAGGAGAUGGUCGAGCAGUACAGCAGUUUUGCAUGUCAGCAGUAACUGAACUCAAGAAAACAAUGAUCAUGUGUCCACUAAUGUUUUUUUUGCAAUGUUUGUAAAGGUUGUCCAGAGUGGGCUGUAUAAGACCUAAAAUAUGUAUUAAUUAAAAAUGUAUUAAUCAAAA